AUGUUUAUGCCCCAGCAACCUCAACUCACUCCCGAGCAAAAAGCUUUCUUGAGACAACGCACCAUCUCCACAGUCUCCAAUUUUGUCACAUUUGCCUUGGUCAUUCGUGCUGCUCCUUUCGCACUUGACUAUGUGAAGAAGUUCUUUUAA